AUGCGGCUAACCGUAGUUGAGACGGCUGAUGAAGCAAUAGAAAUCAAAGAGUUUGCAGAUUGGAUUCUUAAAAUUGAAAAUGGUGAUCAUCCUGAUUCCGGAGCAGGAGAGUAUGAUGUUCAAAUCCCGCCAUAUCUGCUCAUCCCAAUUAGUCCUGGCCCAUUGAUGAAAUUGAUUAAAUAUACAUAUCGUGACCUUCUGCACAAAAUGAAAGACCCGAAAUUCUUUCAAGAUAAAGCAAUAUUUUUCCCUACACUAGAGGUUGUUGAAAUGAUAAACACUUACUUGCUUGACAUGAUAGCUGCACCAGAACAUGAAUAUCUGAGCUUCGACUCUGCCUUGCGAUCUGAUGAGGAUUUUGAAAUCCGAGUUGAGUGGUUUACCACUGAAUUUUUUAAGACACUAAAAGCUCAGAAUCCCUAA